CGUGGAAGUAGCUCCCGGUACAGCCCAAGCUGAGAGCGUCUGUUUGUCCUUCAACUGCAUUCAGUCAAAAUGAUUAAAAAAUUUGAUAAGAAGGACGAAGAAUCGGGAAGUGGAUCAAAUCCUUUCCAACACCUGGAGAAGAGUGCAGUCCUGCAAGAGGCGCGUAUCUUCAAUGAGACCCCUAUCAAUCCAAGAAGAUGUCUCCACAUCCUCACCAAGAUCAUCUACCUUCUCAAUCAGGGAGAGCAUUUUGGGACCACAGAAGCCACUGAAGCUUUCUUUGCAAUGACAAGGCUGUUCCAGUCUAAUGAUCAAACCCUGAGGAGGAUGUGCUACCUGACUAUUAAAGAGAUGGCAAACAUCUCUGAGGAUGUCAUCAUUGUUACCAGCAGUCUAACUAAAGACAUGACUGGUAAGGAGGAUGUAUACAGAGGUCCAGCCAUUAGAGCCCUGUGCAGGAUUACAGAUACCACCAUGCUGCAGGCCAUCGAACGGUACAUGAAGCAGGCUAUUGUGGACAAAGUGCCCAGUGUGUCCAGUUCAGCUCUGGUCUCCUCUCUGCACAUGGUGAAGAUGAGCUACGAUGUGGUGAAGCGCUGGGUGAAUGAAGCCCAGGAGGCUGCUUCCAGUGACAACCUCAUGGUCCAGUACCAUGCUCUCGGCCUGCUGUAUCAUCUUAGGAAGAACGAUCGUCUCGCUGUGACCAAGAUGCUCAACAAGUUCACCAAGUCUGGCCUGAAGUCCCCAUUCGCCUACUGCAUGCUAAUCCGCAUUGCCAGCAAACUGCUGGAUGAGACGGAGGGAGGUCAUGACAGCCCCUUGUUUGACUUCAUCGAGAGCUGCUUGAGGAACAAGAACGAGAUGGUCGUUUAUGAGGCUGCUUCUGCCAUUGUCCACAUGCCCAACUGUACCGCCAGGGAGCUGGCUCCGGCUGUUUCAGUGCUCCAGCUUUUCUGCAGCUCCCCUAAAGCCGCCUUGAGAUAUGCUGCUGUUAGGACCCUCCAAGAAAUUGCUCCUGUUGCUACAAGCAAACUGCCAGAAAAGUUGGGUCCAUCACGCCAGGACAUCUACCAAGAACAACUUGCAUCCAUCCCAGAAUUCCAGACCCUCGGCCCGUUAUUAAAGUCGUCAGAAGCAGUACAGCUGACAGAGGCUGAGACAGAAUACGUGGUUCGCUGCAUCAAGCACACAUUCGCCCGACACAUGGUGUUCCAGUUCGACUGCGCAAACACUCUGAACGAGCAGUUGCUUCAAAAGGUGGUAGUUCAGAUGGAGCCAUCUGAGGCCUAUGAGGUGGUCCACUACAUUCCAGCACCCAGCCUCGCCUACAGCCAGCCUGGGUCCGCCUACACUCUGGCGCAGCUGCCUGAUGAUGACCCUACUGCCGUGUCGUGUACAUUCAGCUGUACAAUGAAGUACCUGGUGAGGGACUGUAACCCCAACACAGGAGAGCCUGACGAUGACGGUUACGAUGACGAAUACGUGCUAGAAGACCUGGAGGUGACCGUUGCAGAUCACAUUCAAAAAGUCUUGAAACCUAAUUUCGGAGCAGCGUGGGAGGAAGUGGGAGACGAGUACGAGAAGGAAGAGACUUUCGCUCUGGCGUCUGUGCGAACGCUGGAUGAGGCGGUGGGGAACAUCAUCAGCUUCCUGGGAAUGCAGCCUUGUGAACGCUCCGACAAAGUUCCAGAAAAUAAGAACUCUCACGUCCUCUUCCUUGCUGGCGUUUUCCGAGGAGGCCACGAUGUGCUGGUUCGGGCUCGUCUGGCGCUGGCUGAUGGCGUCACCAUGCAGGUGACGGUCCGCAGCAGUGAGGAGACCGUUGUCGAUGUGAUCCUGGCCUCUGUUGGCUAGAAAUCUGAACCCAGCGCAGCCAUUUAGCAUGUAACGACCCUCAUCCAUCUCUUUGUCAGUCUUUAAACUUAAACUCGUUCUUGUGGCUAUUUCAACCAGAUAAAUGUUUUAUAUCUUCUAUAUAAACUAAAACAUUUCUGUCUUUUUUUCCAUCUUCUGUUCUUAGAAAAUAUUGUUUCAGUUUCACAAUAAAGUAAAUCAGAAUGCAA